CAGCAGCAUGAGGAGUCGGUACGGGGGCCCAUGGCAGAUUACAGGGCCUGGCAGCAGCAAUGGGAGGCCGUACAGGGACCCAUGACACAAUCUGGACGUGGCAGCAGCAUGGGGAGGCGGUACAGGGGCCCAUGACAGAUUACGGGCCUGGCAGCAGCAUUUGGAGAGGCCCGUAAUCUGCCAGCACCCUAUGUCAAAAAAUUCUACACACCAGCAGUGUGUGAGGAGACCUGAAAGUGGCACAUGGCAGAGUGUGGCGAUGGAGACAGCAGCAAUGGGAGGCCGUACAGGGACCCAUGAGAGACUCUGGACCUGGCAGCAGCAU